CUGUACAGAUAGGAAUAAGUUUAAAAAAGAAGACUGAAGCCUGUCAUUAUUUAAAGUUGAUCUAACGUGUAAUAUUGUACUCUCAUUCUCUACUUAAUAUGGCAGAUUCAGAACAACUUUCUUUCUCUGACUAUACUCCUCCUGAUUCUCAAGGAAAGAUAUCGAAAGAAGUUGAAACUGAAUUUUCUGAAGAUGAAGAAGAAUUGAUAAUCAGGAUGUAUAAUUUGCUCGGCGAGAGGUGGUCUCUUAUAGCUGGAAGAAUCCCCGGACGAACUGCAGAGGAGAUUGAGAAGUAUUGGGACACUCGAUCUUCAACCAGUCAAUAAAUAAUGCCAAUAACAUUUUAUGCCUCUAUCGUGAAGAACAUUAUAUUAAUUACUGAGUUCUUUAAUUUAGAUGCAAAGUUAUUAAUAAUUUUCUUAUA